CUGUAUAUUGAGGCGUAGAUGUCAAGGCUGCAGCGUGCCAGAGGAGGUUAGAAUUACAAUAAGAGGUUGUCGUUUCGUCGUGUGCUUCACUAUAACGCUCGUUCCCUUCAGAUGAGGAUAUAUAAGGAGAUUACUUGCAUCCAGUUAGGUAAAUACUGAGCUGGUACCCAUGCCCCACCUCAGAUACACAUUAUAUAAAUGCUUAGAAAAUGUUCUCACACUUGAACACGUGACUUAAUGCAAGACACAGGCAGAUGAGGUACACUAAUUCUGUCGCAGGACAAGUGGUGGGAGCAGGAAGGACAUCCAACCACUAACUGUUACUCACAUGAGCAAGACCCACAUAACAAAGCCAACUACAUAGAGGAUCAGUAAAAGGUUUGUGUAAGUCAAAGGAGGCAGGUGUCUGAAAUACUAAGAACAUAUUCUAAUGCACUACACACACCAAGAAGAAUGCCUACAAAUAAAUAUCAGUGCAAGAGCAAUGUGAAGUUAACAUCACUCUUUGCUUUGAUUGUUAACUUCCACUUCAGUUUUGCGUAUACAAAAGAUAACUUUAUUGUUGAAGGUGACAAAAAUUCACCAGUUGUAAAUCAGUCACAAAAUACAACAUGUUCCAAAACUGCAAUAGGAGAUGAUCUGAAACCAAAUAUUGUCGUGAUUAUGGCUGAUGACCUGGGCUGGGGUGACUUUGGCUCAUACUGGCCUCACACAGCUUUGACACCAAAUGUUGAUGCCAUUACCAAGGAAGGAAUGAGGCUCACAGAUUUUCAUGCUAGUGCAUCGGUGUGUGCGCCAUCUCGAACUGCACUCCUCACUGGUCGACUUGGGCUAAGGACUGGCGUUGUGCAAAACUUUGCUAAAGAUGCUGUUGGGGGUAUUCCUGAGAAUGAGACAACAUUGGCAGAAAUCUUGAGGGAUGCUGGAUAUAGGACUGCUAUGAUUGGAAAAUGGCAUCUGGGUACAUCACCUGGUCACCAUCCUAUAGAUAAAGGUUUUCAGGCCUAUCUAGGAAUUCCAUACAGUAUUGACAUGGGCUGUACUGAUCCACCAGGGGCAAAUUUACCAGCCUGUCCUCCUUGCCCCCAUGAAAAUAUGGUCUUCAACAAGGAGAAUGAUUGUCACAUUUCAUGUGAUGAAGAAUUGGCUCUUCCUUUGUAUGUAAAUAAAACAAUAAUACAGCAGCCUGCACAGUUAAGGCAUCUCUCAGAAAUGUAUGCCGAAUUUGCAGAAGAAUUUAUGUCAAAAAGGGAGGAGCCCUUCUUCAUGUAUGUUGCAUUGUCACACAUACAUGUACCAUUGGCCCAUGGCCCUAUGUUUGAAAAUAUUACUGGAAAAGGCAUUUUUGCUGAUACCUUGUUUGAGAUGGAUUGGCUCAUUGGAAAAAUUGUGAGAACAGCUAUGAGAUAUAGUAAAAAUAAUUUGAUUUGGAUUCUGAGUGACAAUGGACCAUGGGAAGUAAAAUGUGACUUAGCUGGGUCAAGUGGCCCCUUUGUAGGAGCAUGGCAGCGAGAUGUGUUGCAUGGAGGUGGAGGAGGAAGUGCUGCUAAACAAACUGUUUGGGAAGGUGGUCACAGAGUUCCCAGCUUAGUGCUAUGGCCAGGAUACAUAGAGCCAGGAAGUAUGUCCAAUGCUUUGGUGUCUGCUCUUGAUAUUUUUCCAACUAUUGCUGCAGUUUGCAACAUCUCACUUCCAACAGACAGAUAUUUUGAUGGUAUUGAUGUUCAAGGUAUCUUAACAGGAGAGUCAGAGCAAGCUCAUGAGGUGUUAUUUCAUCCCAAUAGUGGAGCAGCAGGACCAGAAGGUGAAAUUGGGGCAGUAAGAAUUCAGGAGUAUAAAGUUGUAUACUACUCUGGUGGCUCCCCAGAAUGUGGUGGCCGCACUGGUCCUUCGGUAUCACAUGUUUCGUCUCCGCUUGUGUUUAACCUCAAGAAUGAUCCUGGUGAGACAUACCCACUGGAGGUAAACAGCUCAGAAUGGAAGGCAACAGUGGAUGCAGCUGAGCAAGCACUUCUGUGGCUCCAUGAAAAUGUGCAGCAGGACAACACCAGCACUGCAGAUUACACUAAAGAGCACAGUGCUCGGCCAUGUUGUGAUAAAUACAGUCCAAUUUGUCGCUGCCCCUGGGACUAGGCCAGUGUUCUGCUACACACUAUGCCCAAAUUAUCACUGAACCUGGAUCAAAUGCUUGAGUCAUUUCUCUUCCUUGGGGAAAAAAAAUUGCCAUGGCCACAGGGUAUGCUUUCAGGUGACUGUGAUUGUGUGUGUAUAUGUGUACUAUGACUAGGAAAAAAAGCCAACACUCGAAAGCUAG